UGGAAGGAAAACCCCAAAACCCUUAUCUUCGUCCCUUCUCUUUUCAAACAAUAAACUGUAGAGAAGAAGACUGAAGUGCAAGUCGCUUCGAUACGGCCAUACCAUCUCCUACUCCAAGUGCUUGGUGAAACUUGAAAGCAGGGGUUUAACUUCACAGUCCAGCUGAAACCCUCCACUUCCAUCUCCAUUCUUAACUCCAGCCGAAAUCCACCACUCCCAUCUCUAUUCUCAACUUAGCUUGAAGAAUAGAACAGACUGUGCAACUUCAAAGAGAAUGUUUUCAGCUUGUACAAUUUUUGAAGGCUGCUUAACUUAACAAAUUGGGUAAUAAAGCUAUUUGAUCUUUCUUCAAAGAGUUGAAAUGGGACCAAGGUGGAAGGGAAGGGGCUCAGAAGCUAAGGCCCUUGCAGAACCCAUGUCGGAAAUAGUCCAAAAACUUCAAUCUGUUCUAAUGCAAUCACAAACACUUGGGUCACUCUCAAGUUGCAGUGUUCUUCUUCAGGCAGAUCUUGAACAAGCCCAUCUUCUGAAUAUGGCAUGUUUUGGCAGGCCCAUUGUUACAACUGAGAAAGAUAAGCAGUGGUUUCAAUUUGGUUUUGAGGAGGCCUUCUACCUCUGCCACUCUCUCAAAUGUCUCCAAAUUAUAGGGGUGGAAGAUAAUUGUGUAAUGAACGAAGAAGAGCUAUGGAAGUACAUGAAUUCUAAGAGAACAGGAUUCCCUGAUUUCUAUAAGGCUUAUUCUCAUCUUCGGAUGAAGAAUUGGGUUAUACGACCAGGUUCUCAGUAUGGCGUGGACUUUGUUGCUUACCGUCACCACCCAGCUCUAGUACAUUCUGAAUAUGCAGUGCUUGUUCUGUCGGGAGGUGGUGAUAAUGCGAAUAGACGAUUAAGGGUUUGGUCUGAUUUGGAAGGCACCAUUAGGCUCUGUGGAAGUGUUGCCAAAACAUUGUUGAUUCUUACUGUCAAUAGUAAUGGCUCUGAUUUGGUUUCUCCCUUAUGUUUGGAGCAUUGCAGUGUUGAAGAACGUACAUGUAUGAGAUGGGGUCCUGAGCGAUGUCGUGAAAGUCAUUUUGUUAUAGGAAAUGGAUUAAAUGAGACUCAGUAGUCAUACUCUUCUUACAUUUCGGCCUGUUUUGGCAGUUUUGUUUGGUUUGAGUAACCAGGGGGUGGUUGUCCGUAACCAAUGUCUUUUGUCAAAGAUGAUCCUCUCCUUGUAGUCAUUGAAGGUUCAUUCUGACUACCACUAGUGCUGAAAAAUCCAAUUAUAAGGCCGUAGCCUUCUAUGGUGGGGUUUUUAGACUAGCUUUCUGUAGCAGAGAAGAGACGUGCACUUUCUUCUGGAGAACAGUCUCCUUGAUAUCAUUUUCUAUCGCAGGUUUCUCAACUGAAUGUGGAGGUCGCAAGUGAAGAAAUUAGAUGAUUACAUGAUAGUUAUUAUAUUUGCUAGGGCAUAUGGGUGUUUCACCACUGCAGUCUCCUCGGUAUCAUUUUCCAUCUCCUUUCUAUAGUGAAUAUUGUUUGAUGAAUUUGUUCAGUUAUUUCUUCAUCCAUGGCACUUCAUA